CUUCCGGUUCCGGGGUUUGUAUGUCAGACUUAACGAAAUGGUGGCCAGGUUCAUGCGGAUUUGGCCUGUCUUGUCCCGGGUUCGCCCGGGCUCAGUGUCUGGCAUUCGUUUCGUAUCUCAGACACCUUCCUCGGGUUCCGCUGGCUCUGCCACCGUUUCAAACCUGCCUCCGGUGCACGUCAAGGAGAGUGACGGACACGCAGAGGUCAGCGCCUACGAAAAGAAUCCAGACUACCAUGGAUUCUCUGAUGACCCACAUGUGGACCAGUGGAACAUGAGAAUGGCCUUCUUUUUUGGUAUCUCCAUGACCAUUGUUGUUGGGGGAGCUUUCAUCCAUUAUUUGCCUGACCAUGGAAUGAGGCAGUGGGCGAGGAGGGAGGCUGAACGGUUGAUCAAAGAAAGAGAAGCUGCAGGUCUUCCUCUGAUUGAUGAAAACUAUUAUGACCCCAGCAAGAUCAUACUGCCCUCUGUUGCAGAAGAACAGUAAUCUUCACAUUUGUUUCUGCUGUACCCUGUACUUACAAUGCAGCUUCUAAAGUCAAAGUAAUGACCUUUUUUGUUUGUUCAAGUGUAUAUAUGUCUGAAUAAAAUAAACUGCCCGUUCCUACCAAA